AGCAUUUUCCGAUUAUCGCUGAAGGCAACAGCUGAAACACCGCCCACUUUAGUGGGCAGCACGGGGGUGUGCUUGGUUAACAAUAAUGCUAGCCAGGAAACGCAGGACGAGUUCGUUAUUUUUCCUGAUGUUGUAAACUAAACAUUCUGAAUGGUUGAUAAAAGGCGGCCGCCGCGACUGUUUGUGGCCUGCUUUCAUGGCUUUUAACCUCAGCUGCUUCCUGGAGCUGCCCUGGCAUCAGUCGUAUUACCCGACAAGACGCAGCUAGGCUAACUAACUGUCUCCUGCUUCAAGGCUAUGGCACAACAUUAAAAAAUUGGCUGCAUUAUUCGUCAGCUAUGAAAGCCACUGCAUAGUGAUAGAAGUCCCACCAAAAUGGAGCUGUACUGGUAUAUAGUGGUCAUAGUGUUCAUCAUCAUCAAGAUCUUCUUCUACGUAUGCUGGUACCGCUCGAGACAGAGGCAGCUCGCCGCAUACCUGAGCAACCCCCGCAAUGCCCAGAUAGUCAUUGUUGGAGGGAGGGCGUAUCUCCAUCAGAUGUGCGAGCGACAGAGUCAAACCUCGCUCUGGCCAAGCUGGUACGGCGUGCCUGAUGACCUGUCACAAGAAGAGCCCUCCACAGCGCAGCCACCUGCUCUGGCCUUCUCCCACAUGGACAUGCCACCACCUUAUGAUGCCGUCUCUGGAGAGGACGAUCUGAAGCCCCCUCCCUACAGCGAGUGUGCCCACGACGACGAGGCUGACGCACCUCGGCCCUCCCCUCACACACCUCUCAUCUCUGAGGGAGGGGCCUCGAGUAGCUCCAACGACGCACCGCCCCCUUACACACAGUCUCCCUUGCCACAAGCCCAACAGCAAGAAGGCUCAGCAGUCCCCACGCAGUUGUACUCUGAGACCAUGUCCGUCUAGUUGAAAACCAAUACCAGUUUGCCUUUUCCCAAAUACUGCCUUGCUACAGUCAAACCUCAGCCUUGCUUAGUUGGAUCGCACUGGACACCAGCUUGUACGUGUCUUUUGGAGCCCAGUUAUCUUUUUCCUACUUUUCGACAUCCGAUGAUAUUGCUUGUAAGAGAUAUCAGCAAGCCCACGUGCCUCAAAACCUGCCUGUAGCAACCUCGAGCAUGACAGCUCAGAUGUUAAAGCUCCAGCAGAGUCAGACAGACUGAAGAGAAAUACUGUUCUCACUUUCAAGUGUAGCAUAAGUGUAGCACAUGUUAUACAUCUUUGAAUGGCAUUUGUGGAAAUUAGCAAACACGUGCCCAUUCUUGACUUCCACUUAUAGCUGAGACAUCUUUUCGACAGUGGUUUCUUCCAAAGCAUGUCAAACCCAACAAAUCCAUCAAGAAGACAUUAUAUUUUAAGGUAAAUUACUGCGGGUGUUGCCUUUACACACAACCAUGUUUGAACUAAAGUGUAGAAUUAUACAUUUCACAAUUAAAAAAAAAAAAAAGUUUAGAUCCCCGUAACUUUUUUUUUAAAACUCUUUCAAAUAUGGCAGGAUUGUGAAUCGUAGUCUUUUUCUGUGGUAUCAAAUUUAAAUUCAACUUUUUCACUUUCCAUGGCCUUUCAAUCAAUUGUGAUUGUGUAAAGAGACAAUAUCAUGAAACCUCUUCAUCCAAAUACUUCUGGUCCUAUCCGUAUGUUUCACGCAAGACAUGCUAGCUUUCAAAGUACUACUUGUGAAAAGAAUUUUUUUAUUGAAAUGAAUUCUGGAUUCUGUAGUGUGCUAACGUUCUCCCGACAGGGGGCAUUAAGGAGCAGUUUUCCCAUUUUAUUCAAUACAGCUCACUGGAACCAACCGUAGUGUUCCCGCAAUUAAUCUGCUUAUUGAGUGUCAUUAGCUGGCUGUGAUGUGUGGUUCUGUUUACAGGUGAGAUAAUGCAGUUUUCAUAAUGUUUUGUCGUUUGUAUGAACUCAAGUGGCAACAUGUGAUGUAAUCCAAGGUUCUGUGCCAAUGAUAAAACUCAUUUAUGGGAUUAGUAAAAAUAUUCAAAAGUCUUCUGAGACAUAUUGUGAUGACUGAAAUUGCCACACUUGAACUCAAAACGGUAAUGAAAAUACAUAGUUUUAUCUUUAUAUUUUUAUUUUUUUUAGGGUCAUGAGCAUUUUAAAUACAAAUUAAAGACAAGCCAAAAAUAUUUGAUCAAUUUGCAACCCACGUGAGUCUACCGCAGGUUGGUGCACUCAAUUGUUAUUACCAUGCUAUUUGCUUUUCAUAUCGCUGCAUUACAAACCAAACUUUGCUUAAAGGUCUGCGUUAUUUUUAUUUUUUUUUUUUCAGCCUUGAGAAAUUCACAGUUUUAACGGUAUUUGUAAUUCUUUGACAAUUGAGCGUUUAACUUGUUACGAUGACAUUGUUUUGUAUUGUGAUGACAUCUAAUCCUGUUGUCCUUUUAAAAUGUAGCUUUGAAUGCACCCACGUGAUGCCCAACUGCUUUGUACCCCCUCAUCAGUAUCACUGUCUAAUGUCACCCGGAUCCACUUCUACUUCCAGUGCAUUCCUAGUACAGCUCAAUCAUCAACAGAUCAUGUUGUGGCUUUGUGAUUUAUGGCGGUGCCUUUUUAUUUUAUUGUAUUUUGGGGGCGCGGUGCAUCUUUUACAUUAAACUUCUCCAUAAUACUUUAAUGUGAUUGACCAUUUUAGAAGUAGCACAUUGAUGAUGUUUCACCAAGGAUUUUUGUAGAUGUGAAUGUACUCCACGCUGCACUCACUCCACAUAAACAAGAUUGCUGAGUCUCCUUCUGGAGUUGGUCCUUAGUGUAAACCAGCCUUUAAUUCAAUUUACAGGGUAUUGAUUACUCACCCAACACGCCAGAACAAAUCAUUCAAAUAAAUCUUUGGGAACAUCUGA